CACAGAAGGAAGGAAGCUGAAGAGCUGGUUUACCUUAAACUUGAAUGAAUUUGGUUAUACAGGCUAGUAGCUACAUUAAUCAAGGGGUUUAUCUGCAGUUUGCCAAAGCGUUAGGUUUUAAUUGUAGAAGGUUGCGCGUGCAAGACAAGGAAUUCCAUAAAUUAUAUCCCCGUUGAGAUGGGGUUGUUUGAUUAGAUUGUGACGACCGUAUGCAGACAGGAAUUAGAAUUUGAACAUCGUAUCCAAGAGACUUGUCUUAGCUUGGCACCUGAGGAAUGAUUUGAAUCCAAUCAAAAAGUCGUCGUUGAAUUCCCUGUGAUGCGUGUCUUUCAGCAGGUGUCAGAUUGGAGAUUUAGUUCAUUGUAGUGGCUCCAGCUAAGAACCACUCAGGCACUGAUACACCGAAGUGAUCAGGUUUUCCCUGAUCAGAAUCCUGCUUUGGAGAUGGAGGUGAUUCGUCGCUCCUCUGUGUUUGCAGCCGGGGUGCUGGAAGCCUUUGACCAUUCCCCGUCCGACAAAGAACUGGUGUCCCAGUCCAAGGCACUGUGUAGAGACUACAUACACUCGAGGCUCAACAUCUAUGGGCUGGGCUCGUCCAAAACUCAGGUGGACUCAACGCUUUGUGAGGUGUCUGCCGUGCUUCUCUGUCUCGGUGACGAGCUGGAGUGCAUGCGGCCGAGUGUCUACCGGCACGUGGCGAGACAGCUCAACAUCUCAGUGGCCAUGGAGACCACGGUAUCCGAUGCCUUUGUUGCCGUGGCAACAGAGAUCUUUUCUGCAGGCAUCACAUGGGGUAAGGUAGUAUCUAUGUAUGCCGUGGCCGGUGCUCUGGCAGUGGACUGUGUACGUCAGAACCAGCCUGCUACGGUCCAAACCAUAGUGGACAGUCUGGGUCAGUUUGUCCGUAAGAACCUGGCCCCUUGGCUGAAGAAACGUGGAGGAUGGACCGACAUUAAGAAAUGUGUGGUGAAGUUAGAUGCCGUUCCUCAGACCCAUUGGCUGUCUCCCGUUGCCGAAUCCUGCAAGCACUUUCUGUCAACACUGUACGUCUACAUUAUGAAGGAGCCAUGAAGGAAUUGGGAGAGGAACUGUGGUUGAAAGGCCAAGAGCUUCAAGUCCUUGCAUUUGAAGGCUCUGUGCUUCAGAUGAACUAGACAGCAGACAUCCUCCUAUCUUUUUGACGGAACACAUUUUGUUAAGAUUGGUGAUGGCCAUCUAAACAGUGACUCUCCUUCGUGCAGAGUGCAAAGUCACAGUAUCACAUUUUGUAUAAUCAUCAUCAAUUUAAUCAACAAUGACUGCUCUUCUUCCGAAGAGUAAUCCCAGUUACCCAGAAGUAAAAUUCUAGCGUACGUUUUCACUUCCCGGCCAUGAGAGAUUAUACAAAGUGUAGUCAGUCAAUUCCAUAUACACAUAUCUUCAGUUCCGAUGAUCAACUUUUGUUCAAAGUACUUGUACAAAACCAUGUAUCUUUCAGUGUUGUAAUAUAGUUUCCGCUACCGUGUUGCAGUGAGUAUGUGUACUGUGGUAGGUGCUCAAAUCUCUGAAGUAAGAUCCAGUCUGAUGAUAACUGAAGAAUACCAUCUGGGACUUUACACUGAAAAAUGGACAAAGUGAUAGCAUCUGUUCUAUGGACAAGAAUGUGAUGCUUUUUGCUGCACCCCUGUGGAGGACAUAUGAGUUACUACUUUGUUGUGAUGGGAUACAACGGUCUAUCCAGACUUUGUCCAAACUGUACAGUGCUGUUGAUCUCGGGUGCAUUCACUAGGAAGCAAACGGGGAGGGAUCUACCUUGCAUUUGUCCCAUAAGAAACACUUUUGUUGCAAAAAGUUUUGCUACAGUGUGCACUAAUGAGUACACCCCAGUUGUACCCCUCAAUAUGUACCAUUGAGUACAAACGACAGAAGAAUGCCUAUUCUAUUUCUUUUAGACUUUUUAAAUACUAUCUUUAACUAAUGUAUUUUAUUGGGAAACUGUAGUGAUGAUUGAAUCUGUAUAUUUUUACAGCAUCUUUCCUGUGGUCACUUGCAAUAUUUACUUAAAGUUCCAAUGCAGCAAUUUUUUAUCUCAAUAUCAAAUAAUUUCUGGAUAACAAUUUAGUACCUUUUUAUUGUGAUUAUUUUCAAUUCAAAUUGUCAAAAUGAAACAGCUUCUUAGCAAAGAGCAAUUCCUCAAGCAAAAAUGUUGCGGUCUGGUAGUGGUCUGAGUGGGGAGGGGAAACUAGUUGUUAUUGGCAGAGAGGUUUGUAACUUUUAUUUGUUUAUGGUGACGUUACCAGGCAGGCCAAAACUCCAUCCCUCCAAAACAGGCUGACAUUUCAGGCAGUCUUUUCAAACAGCUCUUACACUAAAAAAGUGCAUUAUCAUAAUUUUCACAAUUUCACAGUGUUAUUCCAACCUCCGUGUCAAAAUAUAACGCACAGGGAACUCUAAUUCGUGACUACACUGGGCCUUUAAUAUUGAGCUUUUAUAUGCAAAAUAAACGUAACAGUAUCGAGAUAAUGGUGUUGUAAACAGCGGAGCAAAAUCAUCACAAUUAGAUCAUUUUAAUUGUUCAAAUCAAUCAAAUUGUAUUGGUCACAUACAGAUGGUUAGCAGAUGUUAAUGCGAGUGUAGCGAAAUGCUUGUAAACAAUGUACGAAAUAAUACAUAUAAAAACAAAUAACUGCCUAGUUUUCUAAGGACCUGAAGCGAGGCGAACAUCUCUGUCGGCGCCAUCAGGGAGUUUCAUUUGUUUUUAUUCAACAGAUCCAUUUGGGUUCAAUACAGCCUUUGUGGGAAGGACAAAACCUGAUUUAUGGUUGCAUUAAAUGAAGUGCUUCAUACUGAACUCAUACAAAACAUUACAAAUGAUUUGUAGAAAAAACAUCACCUGUUUCAGUGAUACAUUGUUUGUUUUUCUUCAAAUGUUACUCUCACGCACUCCCCAUGAAACACAUGCAUUUGAUCCUCUUAUCUCACACAUUGAAUAGUACCGCUUUCAUAAUUCUAAUUAGUCCAUUGUUUUAGGCAGUGUGUUAUUUUCUCGACUGUACUCCAAAUUGUAUUGAGAUCGGAGCAUCUGAACCUGCAAUUUAACAUCACGAGCCAACCUGGUCUCACAAGCAUUUCAUAUUAUUUUGUAGAAAGAAGAUGAGUAGGCAGCCGUGAACUAUUAACAUAAUAAUAAAUAUGGGAACAGUCAGCCGAGUGCAUCAGGACGCACAACUGCAACGCGUUUUGACUACUAGAAUAUUCGUUUUUUUUAUUUUUUAUUUUUUAUUAACUACUUGUUAACAAAAUUAAGGAAGUUUCCUUUAAAAUUAUUCAUAAAUACUAUCCUGCCAACCACUAUAUGAAGAAGUUUAAGGAAAACAUCAACUCAAAUUGCUCCUUUUGUAAUGACCACCCAGAAACAGUUGUGCAUCUUUUUUGGCAUUGUAUGCAUGUAAGAAUACUAGAAUAUUCGUCAGGCAACGUUGUGGACGGAAGCUGACGUGUCUCUAGAAAUAGAGGCGGGGACAGGUAAAUGUCACAUGACAAAGUAAACUAAAUGAAAAAAACCUGCAACAGUAUCACAUCAGCGUAUAAAUGCAACAUGGAACAUUGUGCACAGGAAUAAUCAGGGUUGCCCUUUGUAAAAGGCAGAUGAUGCACUUGUGCGUAAAAUUCAUGGCAUAAAAAGACCAUGGCGGAAAUCAGAAACUCAUCCGAGCAAGGAAUUACACAAAAGACUACACAGUGCAUUCAGAAAGUUUUCAGACCCCUUGACUUUUUCCACAUUUUUGUCCCUCAUCUACACACAAUACCCCAUAAUGACAAAGCGAAAACAGGUUUUUAGAAUAAUUGGGGAAAGUAUUUUUUUUAACGUAAUAAAAAAAAUACAUAUUGUGAUGAGACUUGAAAUUGAGCUCAGGUGCAUCCUGUUUCCAUUGAUCAUCCUUGAGAUGUUUCUACAACUUGAUUGGAGUCCACCUGUGGUAUAUACUGUAUUAUUGACUGUAUGUUUGUUUAUUCCAUGUGUAACUUUGUGUCAUUGUAUGUGUCAAACUGCUUUGCUUUAUCUUGGCCAGGUCGCAGUUGUAAAUGAGAACUUGUUCUCAACAAGCCUACCUGGUUAAAUAAAGGUGAAAUAUAAUAAAUACAAUAUUUAAUUGAUUGGACAUGAUUUGGAAAGGAACACACCUGUCUAUAUAAGGCCCAGCAGUUGACAGUACAUGUCAGAGCAAAAAUAAGCCAUGAGGUCAAUUGAAUUUACCACAGGUGGACUCCAAUCAAGUUGUCGAAACAUUGGAAACAGGAUGCACCUGAGCUCAAUUUCGAGCCUCAUAGCAAAGUGUCUGAAUACUUAUGUAAAUAAGGUAUUUCUGUUAUGGAAUUUUUUUGCAAACAUUUCUAAAAACCUUUUUCACUUUGUCAUUGUGGGGUAUUGUGUGUAGAUUGAUGAGGGGGGGAAACCAUUUAAUCCAUUUUAGAAUAAGGCUGUAACGUAACAAAUUGUGGAAAAACUCAAGGAUUCUGAAUACUUUCCGAAUGCACUCUAUUUCAUUUGCGUAUCCUACCAGUCAACCAUGGCACGUAUAUGACGUAGCCUACGAAUACAAUCAUAGUGAAUAAAUACACUCGUAGUGUAAGACAACUGUUGCUUGGGCCGUUUCUUGAAUCUAACCUUAUAGCCACCCUACAUGAAGAGCAAUGUCAGAAGUAAUGUAUGUUGAAAAAAUUGAAAGGUAUAUCCACAAGUUAAGUUGUAUCGAGUUGGUUUGCUGUUGACAUUGAAGAUAAAUCCAGACGCAGUUCAUUCAUUUGCAACAUUGUAGUGAUACAAUGUUUCACCAUUGGAAUUUAGAUUUAAAACAUCUGAAUGUUACCAUGGUUACUCCAUGGAUAUCAGUCUGAAAGAAUGUAAAAUGUAAUGUAAAAAGGACGCAAAGUCUCUACAA